AUGGCGACCACGCCACUAGGCGGUCGCCUCCCUAACGUAAACCGCAAAGGACCAUCUCCGUUUAUCGGUGGUGGUGGUGGCAAUAGCGUAAAUUACGGCAUCGGUAACGGCAACAAUAACAACAACAACAACAGCGGUGGCAACGGUAACAACAACGGAGGCAGGAACAACGCUAUCAAGAACAGUCACCACGGAAACAGCGGCGGCGGUUGCAACAAUAACAACAACAACACCAGCAACCACAACAACAACAACAACAAUCACCACACGAAUAAGAACAAUAAUCACCUUGGUCAUCGUAGCGGUAACUACGAUAGCAGCGGCGGUAUCAACGGUGGUAACUACGUGGAUAGCAACGGAAAAACCGGUUGUACGAUCGACAGCAGCAGCAACAACGGCGGCAUCAGUUUCGUUGGUGGUAACGUCGGGAACAAUCACGGACAUCGCAACGGUAGCAACGGCGCUAGCGGCAUCGGCGGCGGUAAACACAACGGCGGACGUAUCGUUGGCUGUAACGUCGGAGGAGGCGGAGGAGGCGGAGGAGGAGGAGGAGGAGGAGGAGGCGGAAACAACUACAACAACAACAACAACAACAACAACAACAGGGGUAGCAGUAGCAGCAACAGCGGCAACAUCUUCGGCGACAACAACGACAGCAGUUUCGUCGUCGUCGUUGAGAUUUGA